CUCACAUAGCGUAGUCUUCUCUUCUAGUCUACUCUCUCAAGUAAUCUUUUUCUGUCUGGGAGAGUUACUCCUGUGUCUCUUAACUCUCAGAUUUUAUUUUUUAUAAUCGACAACUUAAGAUAAAAGUGAUAAAAAGUUGAAGGUAAUUUAGUUUUCAUGGGAAUUAUUUCAGGUGGUGAGGAAGGCGUGGAGGACGCUUCAUCCUGGCCUCUAGCUGCUGCAGGAAGUGUGGUGGUGCAUGUGUGACCUCCAGAAACUGGCCUCUUCUAUCUGCUGUAGGAGGGCAUUUAGGGUGGCGUGUGAGGUGUGAGCGUGGCCUCCAGAAGCUGGAGGGGAGCGUGGUGGCAGCGUGCAGCCCGACGCUUUAGUGUGGCCUCCACACCCUGACCUCUAGCUGCUACAGGAAGGCGUGGUGGCGUGCAGUCUGAUCUUUGACUGUGUCCUCCAGACCCUGAGCUUUAGUUGCUGUAGGAGGGCGUGGUGACGUAUGUGGCCUCCAGGUCCAGACCUCUAGUUGCUGUAGUGGGGCGUGGUGGCGUGUUUGACCUCCAGAACCGGGUCAUUAGCAGGAUGAGGUUGGAUCUCUGGGCGGCUGUGGCUCUCCGCCUCCUGCUCUUCACAAGUCUCGCUGCUAAGAGUUGUACACUAAGGGUGUCAGGAGUGUUAGUACCGCCUGUAGUAGUGUCGGGAACAACGGUUGAGUUAGAGUGUAAUUAUCACCACAGCCUCGACAGACCCGACCCGCUCUACUCGGUCAAGUGGUACCGGGACGUGAACCAGUUUUACGAGUACAUCCCCAAGAGGAAGCCUCCCAUAAGGGUGUUCCCGGUACCUCACAUUAAUGUUGACGAGAGCCACAGCACGCGGGAGAAGGUGCGGCUGACGGGGGUGACGAGGGAGACCUCUGGCAGCUUCAGGUGUGAGGUGAUGGGCGACAAACCUUUCUUCGAGACGGACGACCAUACUGUAAACAUGACGGUGGUGGACGUGCCGUUGUGGGGACCAGAGGUGUGGGGUGUGGCCCAGGGAGACAAGGUCCGGCCCGGGGAACAUCUGGUGGCCCGCUGUCAGGUUGGUGACUCUGACCCCCCGGCGGAGAUCAGCUGGACCGUCAACUCAGAGGCGGCGCCCACCUUCGCCCACCUGCUUCGCUCCCUCGGGCGGGACCAGAGAGGAAGACCACUACAAGUCUCCGAGCUGCGGGUGACGGUGACGGAGGAGUGGCUGGCUCGAGGGGCCGUGACGCUGGGCUGUCAGGUGACGGUGUCCUCAGUCUACCACAAGUCAGUCAACGUGACGCUCUUCGACGCUGACUGGCCACAACCAGCUGAGUUUGGCUGGUUCUCCUCAGGUUCAUCCCCGCAGCUCUCCUUGUUCCUGUCGCUGUCACUGCUGCUACUACUGCUGCCUGCUGGGACGCUGUGACACCCCUGCUGUGACACGCCUGCUGUGACGCUGUGACACCCCUGCUGUGACGUUCUGACUCCUCCUGAUACGUUUCUUCUGUUUACUGAGGCCCCGUAUUGACGAUCUUCCGUUGCUGUGACGCUCUGCUUUCCCACUUCUUCUUCUUCUUCUUCUUUUUCUUCUUUUACGUUUCUUGAGUCACACAAUUCCCAGGAUGAACAAGACGACCCUCAAUUAUGUUAAUGUGUUUCAAAGAAUUGUGUAUAUUGUGUAUGUUUAGCUGUGAGAUGAACCCAGAUUAUCAUGGUUCCACCUGCGGUUCCCCGUUACCGUGCUCUUCCUGUAAAAAAAAUAAUGGGAUUCAUAUCAACAAUUUAACGAGACAUGAUGGAAAGAAUAUUUUUUUUUUUUGUAGUGUCGAUGAAAAUUAUCUAUAUUGUCUCAGGAUAAUGUCGGGUUAUUGUAAGGUUCUUCUGUGGUCUGUAGGGUCGUUGUGUAUGGUCUAUGAGGAUAUAACUCUUAGUUCCUGUUGCUCUACGUAUACACCACACCAUAUGCUGGAGUUUCCCCACCAGACAUAUAUUACAGAUACGGAAUAUAGUCCUUGAACCUAUAAAUCCGAAACAUAGAUGGCGCACUGUGUAAUGGUCUCGGAUUCACAGGUUCAUGAGACUCGGGGUUCAUAGAUGGGAUAGAGGAUUGACAGAACUUUAUUACCGUGACUCUACAACACAAGAAUUAAAACAGUGAAAGUAAACACAGUGAGUUAAACGCUGCAGGUUUGUGUUGACUGGUCAGGGCGACAGAUAUACAGUACUUGUUGAUAAGUUUAGUUGUAAGUCUCAUCCUUGUGUAAUUAUAUGGAGUGAAAAGGGUAAUUGUGAGUUCAUCUUUAUCUCGACUCUUCUCAAAGAAUUAAGUCAUCUCGUUCAUCUCUCAAUUAGUCCAGCGUCGACGUGAAGAGACCAAAGAGAUAGAGGUUGAGUAUAAUGUGUGUGUGUAAUAUAGCUUAAUGUGUAUGAAAUAUUAAAAAAAAUGAAUCACUGAAAUUAUCAUCUUUCGUUUGGUUUAUGUAAGUGGAUAAGAUAAUUAUAUAAUAUAAGGAUAAUAUAUUUACGGUUAUAAUAAGUGUUUUUAGAUGAUUUAGAAUAUAAAAAAUAAGUUAUUAAGAUUCUUGUGGUUUUGUUCUUAAUUUUUGACGAAAUUUUUGAAAAUCUCGUGACAAGAUGACCUCUUUUUUAACACACAAGCGAGGCAGUUAAUGGUGGGCGACUUACCAGCAGCCCGAGGUAAUCUGAUGUACAUUCACACCUGUUUUACCACAACUCUGGUAAGAUAAGUAAAGACAGCGAUUUCUGCCGUCAGUAAAAUACGUGGGAAUAAAUUUUACAAAUGACUGUUUAUAUUAACAGUUAUUUCAGCGGUUAAUGCUAAUGACAGAAUAUUUACGUUAGUUUUUUAUAAGUUUAAAAGAGGCGCGAGUAAACAAUCCAAGCAGAUGUAUGGCACGAGAUGCGUUCACUCCUAUAAAUGACGUGGUGGAUGGUUGCCUAAUGAGCGUAGACGUGUGCGUUGUAAAGUUGCAGACUCGGUCAAAAUCAGGCUCUCUCUCUCUCUCUCUCUCUCUCUCUCUCUCUCUCUCUCCCCACAAGCUGCUGUAUGGGGAAGGGAGGGAGAGGAUGGGAACACACACAAGCUCUCUCGUGUGUUGGCUCCUGAGAAGCUUUACACCUUGCACUAUUAUGUAAAUAUCGUAAAAAUCAUAAUCACUCGCUCAACUUCUUACCUCCGUCAGACGAUCUAACACGAGUACAGGAGCUUGAUGUUGUGUGUGUGAUAAGUUGCCAGCUUACUCUCAGCCUGGGUGGGAGGUGGAUCUUUUACACUCCUGAGAGAGCCUCUGUAAUACUUGCGUUUCUUUAAAGUCAUCACCGCGAACCACAAUCAUAUAGCAGGAUAAUGUGUUUCAUCUGACCAUCUCUGGUCUGAGGGCGGGAGUUCCCUGACGAAUAAAUCCCGGUUGUAGACAAUUUGUGGCUGAAUAUUACUGUAGGUCUCGGGCCUCUGGCAUUACUGUGUAAUGUUGGGGGGAUGAAAUCAUAAAUUUUAUAACAUGAUAUAUAUUUAAUUUCGGCCCCAACGGCCACUUACCAGCGGCGGGAACCGUUGUUGAGUGUUGCUGUGGUCGGUCCCAUCUUGUGGCCAUAUGUUGUGGCCAUGUGUUGUUUCCAUAUGAUAUGGCCACGUUGUGGCUCUAUGUUGUAAGCAUGUGAUAUGACCCCGUUCUAUGGCCAUGGGGUGUGACCAUGUACACAUACGGCCCUGUGUUGUGACCGUGUGCACACGCAACCCUGUGUUGGGGCCUUGGUAUAACGUCAUUAUGCUCUGGCCAUGACUACAACCGGCUCUGUGACGUCAUGUGUGCACAUGAACCCACGUUAUGGCCAUUUGUACUUAUGGCCUUUUGUCGUGGUCAUGUUCACACAGGGCCCCAUGUUAUUACCAUGUGUGUACAAAUACACAAAUUACACAUAAGCAUAUUGAAACACAACAAGAAAACACACACACACACACACACACAAGGUCCCACAAGUGUACAUAACAACAUGUGUCUUCCUUCCUCUAACAGAUGUAAGGUGAUGUAACAUUACCAAUAAACAUAUCCUUAUAUGUG